UCUUUGUUAUAUUUAACUUACACUGCAGCUAACUUCUCUGUCCCAUUGCAGCCAUUUCAUAGCUAACUCUUUGUUAUAUUUAACUUGCUCUUCUUUGCUUCUUUGCUUCUUGCUCAUAACGAUAACAAGAAAGCCUUACGUUCAGAUAGAUAAUCAUUGACCAGUUCAUCCUAUACCAUUCAAUUUAAUUUAGAAAUGCUGAAAGAAAAACGCAAGCAAUCCAAAGAUGAAGACAACGAUUCAUCCUCGCGAAAGAGAAGAAAAGCUGACCUCAGUAAGCCUGUCAGUUUUGUCUCCACAGCUACCAGGACAGAGCCAGAGUCUUCUCGAUCUAGACCAGAAGGGGCCUAUGAUGUCUUCUUGAGUUUUAGAGGAGAAGACACUCGCAAGACAUUUACAGAUCAUCUAUAUACUGCCUUAGUCCAAGCAGGAAUCCGCGCUUUUCGAGAUGAUGAUGACCUUCCAAGAGGAGAAGAAAUCUCCGAUCAUCUCCUCAGGGCAAUUCAAGAAUCAAAGAUAUCCAUAGUUGUCUUCUCAAAAGGAUAUGCUUCUUCUAGAUGGUGUCUCAAUGAACUUGUAGAGAUUCUUGAGUGCAAAAAGAGGAAAACCGGUCAGAUUGUUCUUCCUAUAUUCUAUGACAUUGAUCCUUCAGAUGUGAGAAAACAGACUGGCAGUUUUGCAAAGGCAUUUGAUAAGCAUGAAAAGCGUUUUGAAGAGAAGUUGGUGAAGGAGUGGAGAAAAGCUCUUGAGGAUGCCGCAAACCUAUCUGGACGGAGUCUCAAUAAUAUGGCAAAUGGGCAUGAAGCAAAAUUUAUCAAGAAGAUUAUCAAGGAUGUGUUGAAUAAAUUAGAUCCCAAGUACUUAUAUGUUCCUGAGCACCUAGUAGGUAUGGAUAAACUUGCUCAUGAUAUUUUUGACUUUCUAAGCACUGCAACAGAUGAUGUACGCAUUGCGGGCAUACAUGGGAUGCCAGGAAUAGGAAAGACGACUAUAGCAAAAGUUGUAUUUAAACAACUCUGCGAUAGAUUCGAGGACAGCUGUUUUCUUUCGAAUAUCAAUAUUGAAACACCAAAAAAACUUACAGGUCUUGUUGGUUUUCAAACGCAACUUCUUCGUGAAAUUUUAAAACAAGGUGUUCCAAACUUCGAAUGUGUUGAUAGAGGAAAGGUUUUGAUCAAAGAACGACUUCGUGGCAAAAGAGUUCUUGUUGUUGCUGAUGAUGUGGCUCAUCUGGACCAGCUAAAAGCUUUGAUGGGAGAGCGAAGCUGGUUUGGUCUCGGAAGUAGAGUAAUUAUUACAACAAGAGAUUCAAAUCUUCUUCGUGAAGCAGAUCGAACAUAUCAGAUCGAAGAAUUGAAACCAGACGAGUCCCUUCAGCUUUUCAGCUGCCACGCCUUUAAGGACUCCAAGCCAGCAAAAGAUUAUAUUAAGCUUUCGAAGGAUGCAGUUGAUUACUGUGGAGGACUUCCUUUAGCUCUUGAGGUUAUGGGUGCUUGUCUGUCUGGGAAAAACAGAGAUGGUUGGAAAUGUGUAAUUGAAAAAUUGAGAAGAAUUCCAAACCACGAUAUUCAAGGAAGGCUUAGAAUAAGUUUUGACGCACUGGACGGUGAAGAACUACAAAAUGCAUUCCUUGACAUCGCUUGCUUCUUUAUUGAUAGAAAGAAAGAGUACGUCGCAAAAGUGCUAGGAGCCCGUUGCGGUUACAAUCCAGAAGUUGAUUUGCAAACUCUCCAUGAAAGGUCUCUGAUUAAAGUAUUGGGAGAGACGGUAACCAUGCAUGAUCUAUUACGAGACAUGGGAAGGGAGGUCGUUCGUGAUAAGUUUCCAAAAGAACCUGGAAAGAGGACCAGAAUUUGGAAUCAAGAGGAUGCAUGGAAUGUACUUGAGCAGCAGAAGGGUACGGUUGUUGUAGAGGGUCUUGCACUGGAUGUCAGAGCAUCAGAAGCUAAAGCACUUUGCGCAGGAUCAUUUGCAGAAAUGAAACGCUUAAAUUUACUCCAAAUCAAUGGAGUACAUCUCACCGGAUCCUUCAAACUGCUUUCUAAAGAGUUGAUGUGGAUUUGUUGGCAUAGAUGUCCUUUGAAAGAUUUUCCAUCUGAUUUUACCGCAGACUAUCUAGCUGUUCUUGAUAUGCAGUACAGUAACCUCAAAGAACUAUGGAAGGGAAAAAAGAUCCUCAACAGGCUAAAAAUCUUUAAUCUUAGUCAUUCUCGGAACCUUGUUAAAACACCAAACUUGCACAGUUCAAGUCUAGAGAAACUAAUUCUGAAAGGUUGCUCAAGUUUAGUUGAGGUGCAUCAAUCAAUUGGACAUUCGACGAGCCUCGUUUUCUUGAAUCUCAAGGGAUGUUGGAGUCUGAAGACUCUCCCUGAAAGCAUUAGGAAUGUAAAGUCUCUUGAAACUAUGAAAAUUUAUGGGUGUUCACAACUUGAGAAAUUGCCAGAAGGCAUGGGUGAUAUGAAAUUCUUAACUGAGCUAUUAGCUGAUGGGAUUAAAACUGAGCAAUUUCUCUCUUCAAUUGGGCAAUUAAAGUAUGUCAAAAGGUUAUCAUUACGUGGAUGCAGUCCGACUCCACCAAGUUGUUCUUUGAUUUCAGCAGGUGUUUCAAUUUUGAAAUGUUGGCUGCCAACAUCAUUCACUGAAUGGAGAUUAGUGAAACAUCUUAUGCUUUCUAAUUGUGGUUUGUCUGAUCGUGCAACUAACUGUGUUGAUUUUAGUGGUUUGUUCUCUCUAGAAAAAUUGGAUCUAAGUGAAAACAAAUUCUCUAGCCUGCCUUAUGGGAUCGGCUUCCUUCCCAAGCUAUCGCACUUGGUUGUUCAGACAUGUGAAUAUCUUGUAUCAAUCCCAGAUCUUCCCUCAAGUUUAUGCCUUUUGGAUGCAUCUUCUUGCAAAUCAUUGGAAAGAGUAAGAAUACCAAUCGAGUCAAAAAAAGAACUAUGUGUAAAUAUAUUUCAAAGUCUUUCGUUAGAAGAGAUUCAGGGCAUCGAAGGUCUAAAUAAUAGUUUCUGGAAUGUUAGUAUUGAAAGACGCAGUCAUUCACCAAAUAAAUUACAGAAGAGCGUUCUAGAGGCAAUGUGCAACCGUGGUCACGGGUAUCGUAUUAACUUCAGUCUAGAACAUGAUGAACUACAUGAGAUGCCAGAUUGGAUGAGCUACAGGGGAGAAGGAUGCUCAUUGUCAUUCCAUAUACCUCCAGUCUUCCAUGGCUUAGUUCUUUGGUUAGAGAAGGGUACUCAUAUGUACACAUACACUAACAUUAUUAUUAUUAUAAGAAAUAAAAGCAACGGAAGAAUAUUGUUUAAAGAUAAACGAGCACAGAUAGGAAUACAUAUAUUUAUGCAGGGAUGGUUAAGAUACAUAAGUAGAAGUGAAAUGGCAAUGGAAGAUUACUGUGGAGACGAAUUGGAACUAUACAUUUCUUCAGAGCCAACAGACUAUGCACUGCGCAAGGGUAAAUCAUUGAAACCAAGCGUUAAAGAAUGUGGGGUCCAUGUGAUCGCAGGGAAGUCAGAUUCAUUAAAAAAGUCGGCAGUGGAAAGAGAUACAGUGAUGCUUUCACCACCGCUGUAUCAUCUGCUUCCUCAUCCUCAUCGUGGUUCAAUUACAACGUCUACACCUAAGCAAUGGUGUGACUUUUUACUUGCGGAGCUGCAAAACCAUAGCCUCGGUUUAUUGCUUCUUGGUAGAGAAGACUUGGAGUGAAGAGUACAAGAUCAUUUUAUAUAGAGAUGCUUGAAGUUACUUCAAAUUAGUACGGUACUUCUAUCUGAUGUAUUGAUAUGUAUUUGUUUGUUUGAAGAUUAUUUUCCAAGCUUGGAAGUUUUAUUGAAUACUCUUUGAAAUCUUUUCCAUCCGCUUUUAUAUUUUUAUAUUGGACAACCUAGUUGUUAAUUAUUAUCCAUGAUGUAAUUUAUAUUUUCAAGUUAUAAAUUUUGAUGAAUAUUGUUUCA